ACAAAAUUUAUUGAAAAAUAUUUGAAGGCUGUAUUUCGAUAAAAAUUACUAGCAACGGCCGUCAUAAAAAAAUGAGGUUUCUAUUCUCACCCUAUAAUAUAUGCUGUGUUGUUAAUUUGGUUGCCAAGGUAACUAAAGCAUGACACUGAAUUAUAAUAAAGUUUCAAAACACUUUAGUACACUUGUAGAUAGCUAUUAUUUCCAGUGGUUUUACUAAACUAAUUUUUUAUAAUGUCUUGCCGGGAUUUACGGAAUUUUACUGAAACAAUGAGAUUCUUGGGUUAUCCUAGAUUAAUUUCUCUGUCAAAUUUUCGAGUUCCAAAUUUUUCUUUAGUCGCCGAAAUUCUAGUCUGGCUGAUUCAUCGCUUUGAUCCCGAUUCAGAUAUGACUGCUGAGUAUGAAACUGUAGAAGAUCGCGUGUCAAUAAUUCGACGGGCCGCUGAAUUUAUUGCAAUAAAGACCAAUAUCAAAUUGAAUACAAAAAAACUGUAUCAAGCUGAUGGCCAUGCAGUUCAUGAGCUUCUAAAAAUAGCGACAGCGUUGUACGAAGCGCAGAAUAAGAAUGCUGAGGAUGAAAUAAUGUCUGGAGAAAUGUUGAAUCCUCUGGUGAUUGACAUCACCGAUGAGCUGUCAGAAUUGAAGACUACCAGGCAAAUGGCCAGUCAGUUGACAGUCAGCGGGGCUAGUUUGUUUGACUUGUUGGGGAGAGAAGUUCAGCUUAGGGAAGUCAGGAAUAAUAAAGCUGCAAGACAAUUCGAUACUUCCCAAAUAGAAAUAGCUUUGAAAGAUGUUAUUGAUAGUAUGAAGAAGGAUAUUGAUGAUACUCGGCGACAGAUUGAUAAUGUCAAGGAGACCGAGCAAAAUUUAGAAACAAAAAUUGAAAGACGACAAAUGGAAUUAGAGAGGAAUAAAAAAAGACUGAUGACCUUGCGGAAAGUCCGUCCAGCAUUUAUGGAAGAGUUUGAAAAAUUAGAAGUUGAACUUAAAGGAGUUUAUGACCAUUACUUGCAGAAAUGCCGGUACUUGGCAUAUCUAGAGCAUUUGUACGAAGACAUGACCAAGGUCGAGCAAGAAAAGUUUGAGCAGAGACAAGCGGCUACCAAGAGACAAUUAGAACAACUUAGAGGUGAGGACGCGAGUUUUGAAACUAUAAUGGAGGGCAAUGACUCGAUUUUCACUAACAAUAUCCGCCCGUUGAAUCUUGAUGAAGCGGAGAGAAGCUCAGACAAAAAUGACCAACCUGGAGAAACUACUGGAAGAGCAUCACGUGUACAGUUGAACCAACGAAGAAUAUAUGGGACAAUGUCAGGCAGGCCUCGCGGCUUGCGCGAAAAUGACAGUAUCGGUUCGCUGGAUGACAGCGACAGCGAUCUUCUGAUUGAUGGCGACCUUGAUGACGACGAGGAAGAUGAUGACAUUGAUAUUGAAAACGUCGGAGGCAAUUUAUUAAACUCUGUGACAAGCCAUGAGAUAACUGCCUCGCUUGAUUUUAAAGGAAACUCGGAAAAAAGAUCAAUCAGUAAAGCUGGGCAUGUUGAUGAAGAUUUUUAAUAUUAAUAUAUCAUAAAUAAAUAAUAUAAUACUUAUUUAAUCUAGGUUUUUAAUUCUACAAUCGCCGUAAUUUAUUAUUAUUUAAUUAAAGCACCAUUAAUAAUA